AUGCCGACGGAGCCGCCACUCUGUAAUCAACCCUCAUUUUCAUCUCCCAGUUUCAGCAGCGGUUACUCAUCGGAGACCGUCGCUCAGGUAGCCGCCAGAGUCAUUCACGAACUCCACCUUGACCCAAUUCACAACCCCUCCAUAAAACCAAACGACGCCGAUCAUCAACCAAACGACAACGACGAAUUCGAAUUCUCUUUCGUCUCCAAACACCCUCACCCUUCCCCUGUAUCCGCCGAUGACAUUUUCCGCAACGGCCGCAUCAUUCCCAAAUACCCCGCCGUCGCUCCUCCCGUUCCGCCAGAAACGGCGUCGCCGCGUCCUCGUCGAUUACCUCUGAGGAAGCUCAUGAUCGAGACGGAAGGCUGCGAUGGAUUCGGUAGCGCUGGCGGUGAUGAUCUCGCCGGUGUGGCUGAGGGGACGUACUGCGUGUGGACACCGCCGAGCAAGAAGAGCAGCUCGAAGCGGUGGAAGCUUUUUGACCUGCUGCAUCGGAGCCACAGCGAAGGGGGGAAAAAGGAGUCGUCGUUCCUGUUGAUGGGAUCCGGCGGAAAUGGUGGUGGCGCUGCGGCGUGGGCGAAGGUUGGGAGCCGAUCAAGCAGGAGGUUGUUCAUGCUGCCUCACCGCCCGGAACUGGUUAAUCGGAAUGGGCCGGGCCGGGUCUGA